ACCAACGACGGAGGUGAUGAAAUUCCAGAGUUGUCUUCCCUCUCAAUCACCCAACAUUUCCGAGAAACGCAAACGCAGAGAACAACACAUUCAUUUAUAGAGAGAAAUCCAUAGAUAAAUAUAUAUAUAGAGAGAAAGAGACAGUGUUACCAUCACCACGAACAUUGCUUCGAUUUACAGUACACAACACAAUAAAAAACGAAGAUGGGUUUUGAAAUCCCAACAGACUUGAUCCGCCAAGUCCAGAUCUCGCUCCGCAACGACGCCGGACUCUCCUCCUACGAUCCCCACCCCCCUCCCCUCCCUCCCCUCCGAGAAUCGGUUUCUGGGUUCGACCCAUCACCGCCGAAUCUCCGGUGCGAGCAUUGCAAGUGCAGACUCGUCAGAGGGUUACAAUCGCUGAUUUGCGUGUACUGUGGUAGACGCCAAUUUAAGGACCUCCCUCCCGAACCCAUCUCCUUCAAAUCCACAUUUGGGUAUCGAUGGUUACUUCAGUCUUUGGACUUGAAUGGAUCGGAGACUGUUGGACCAUCUGUCGAAGAAAAUAAAUUUAACAGAGGACGGAGUAGAUCAAAAGAUGAAAUUUCAUUAUCUGAUCUCUUAAAUAUCAAAAUCACAUUGCCAGCUGAGUCAAAGAAAACUGAGCAGAGUCUUACAAAUGGUGUACCAAUACAAAACACAAGUUCUUUGAACUCAGUUCGAGUUGACCUGGACAACUUUUUUGCCGAUUCGAAGAGGGACGCUUUUUUUAAUUCAUUGGAAGAACAGCCAGUAAUUAACAGGCAGAGUGAGAAUAUGGAAAUGAAUGCAUUUGCCACCCAAACAAAUAUUAGCUUAUUUCAGAAUGUUCAGCAUUCCGAGACAGCAGUUACCUCUUCUGAAGUAAAGAAUGGUAGCACUUUCUCUGGUUGGGAGGCGGAUUUUCAGUCUGCUGAUUCGGAAAAUCAGGAGGGUUCAAGAUCAUUUGAUCCUUUUGUGGGUUCCACGGUUGAUCUUUCUGCCCACAUGGAUUCAGUCUUUGGACAUGGAAAAGAAUUAGAAGAUGAAAAACCGAAGGACGCUUCAACCCCUUUUGCUUCAGCAACUAAUGGCGGGAUUCAAGAUGAUCUGUUGCAUAAUUUGGACUUCUCGUCAUCCCACCCGGCUGAGUUGGUCGAUGCAACCAUCAAAAGUAAGGACUGUGUACCUGAAAAUAAGACAAUCAGUGAAGAGAAUGAUUCAUUUGAUGUUUGGAAUGAUUUUACAACCUCUACCAGUCCACAAGAUCCUUCGAAGAAUUCUUCGACACAAAGUGGUAAUCAGGUUACUGCUUUUGAUGAAAAGACAUCAGAUAUAAAAUUUUCCAGUUCAACCAACAAUUUUCAAGAAAUGGAUUUUGGUAGUUUUUCACAUCCAGGAUCAUUUAAUCAAUCUGGUUCCGAAGAAGUGAAUAAUAUGGAGGCAGAAGGUCCUGCCAUAAACAGGAUGGCUGAUUUAAACAAUGGAGGGAAUGUUGGACAAGCUGCUAAAGACGGAGAAAUUUUAAAUUCAACCGCAGAGGCAAAGGAUGGUGAUGUAGAGAGAGUGUUGUCACAGAUGCCAGAUCUUUCUUUCAUGCUCGAGAAAGAUCUUUCAGUCCCGUCAAAUAAGAUGAUCUAAGUUCAUUUUCACAUGAUCAAAUCUCUGCUCAUAGUUCUUCAAGCUUUUUUUUCAUGCAAUGUUCAUUAUAUAAUAUGGUUUCUUGUACUCGUAGUUUCAAAUAUCUGUACUCUUUAACCAUCUAAAAUGAUUCAUUGGUUUUUAGUUUUAUAAGAAAAAGUGGCCAAUUGGUUUGGAUCCGUC